AUGACAGACGACGACACUGAUACACCGGGAGGUCCCACAGCAGAGUCCGUGGCUCUGCUGAGAGGUGGGAACCGCUGCGAGGGCCUGGUGCGGGUUCAGCUCGGCGGGCAGCAGGGCCCUGUGUGCGGGGACCGCUGGGGCCUGCUCGAGGCGGCCGUCCUCUGCAGGCAGCUGGGCUGCGGCGGCGCCCAUGUUGCGCCCACGUACGUGGUGUGGCCCCAGGAGAGGCAGCAGUCCCUGCUGCAGGGCGUGCGGUGCCGGGGCACAGAGGCUUCGCUCUGGGACUGCGCCCCGGGGGCGUGGGAGCCGCUGCGGGCCUGCGGAUGUGAAUGCAUCAGCGCCGUCCACUGCACAGAUGGAAGGCUGGCGAAGGUGGGACUCAGCGGAGGAGGCAGUCCCUGCGCGGGGACCUUUGAGAUCAGAUUGACCGAAAGCUCUGGUGUGAAGUGUGGUUUGGACUUGGAAGAGGCGAAUGUCUUGUGCAAGGGUCUGGGGUGUGGCCCAGCGCUCCAGGCGUCCAGACCCCACUUCGUCAAGGGCUCUGAGGACUGGGGACCUAAGAUCGUGACCUGCCAGGGAACAGAGUCCAGCAUCUUCAACUGCAGGUUCAAUCUGAACUUUCAGCACCAGUGCAACCUUCUGACAAAUGCCCAGGUUGUGUGUUCAGGACACACUGAGGCCCGGCUGUCAGGCGGUGAGCACCCUUGUGCUGGGCGUCUGGAGGUGAGGCGUGGCUUGACCUGGGGCACCAUCUGUGACGAAGACUUGGACCAGGCCACAGCCCACGUGGUGUGUCGGGAGCUGCAGUGCGGCACAGCCUUGUCCAUUCCCCGAGGCGCUCACUUUGGCCCGGGCUCUGGGUUCGUGUGGACGGAGGCCUUCCGCUGUGUGGGCAAUGAGUCCCUGCUGUUCCACUGCACUCGGGGGCCCGGGCACCAGUGUGGGCAUGGCCAGGAUGCUGGGCUCAGGUGCUCAGGGGAAAGGUUCCGGCUGGUCAACGGCAGCAGCAGCUGUGAGGGGCGCGUGGAGCUCCAGGUUCAGGGGACCAGGGCACCUCUCUGUGCCCACCACUGGGACUUAGCAGAUGCCACUGUCCUCUGCCACCAACUCAACUGUGGCAAUGCAGUGGCCACACCUCGAGGGGGCCAUUUUGGGCACGGGGAUGCUCCCAUCUGGCCAGACAGGUUUCACUGUGUUGGGACAGAGCCCUAUCUGUGGAAUUGCCCAGUGAGCACCCUGGGGGCUCCCGCCUGUGCCCCAGGAAACUCGGCCUCCGUGGUCUGCUCAGGUCUCCAGGAUGCCGUGAGGCUGAGGGACGGACAGAGCCGCUGUGAUGGCCGCGUGGAGGUGUCCCUGAAUGGCGUGUGGGGCCGUGUCCUGGACGACGAGUGGGACCUGCAGGGAGCCAGUGUUGUGUGCAGGCAGCUGGGGUGUGGAGAGGCAGAGCGAGCCUACGAUGCGCCUGAGCCAGAGCGCGGGGCCCGCAGGGUGGGGCUGAGCCGGGUGCGCUGUCUGGGCACCGAGACCCGCCUGACCCACUGCAACGUGUCUGCCUCCCUGCUGGUGGCAGCGGGGGCCUCGCGGGACGUGGGCGUCGUUUGCUCUGGGAGCCGUCAGGUGCGUCUGGCUGCGGGGCCAGGCCGCUGUGCGGGGCGCGUGGAGGUGCUCCAUAGGGGCACGUGGGGCACCGUGUGCGAUGAUGGCUGGGACCUGCGGGACGCACACGUGGUCUGCCGGCAGCUGGACUGUGGCCAAGCCCUCAGUGCCCUGGGGGCCGCGCACUUUGGGGCCGGGGCCGGGCACAUCUGGAUGGACGAGCUGGGCUGCGAGGGCAACGAGUCUGCGCUGUGGCAGUGCCCGUCGCAGGGUUGGGGCCAGCAUGACUGUGGGCACAAGGAGGACGCCGGAGUCCUGUGCUCAGGGCUCACCGACCUGAGGCUGCAGGACAGCAGCCAGCCCUGCUCUGGGCGACUGGAAAUUCUGUACAAUGGAACCUGGGGUGCCGUCUGCCAGACCCUGAGCCCUGUCUCUCUGGGAGUCCUGUGUGGGCAGCUGGGCUGUGGGUCCCAGGGGCAGCUCCAGGCUGAGGCGGUGACCCAGAAGGCCUCUAGGGCCCUCUGGGUGACCUCCAUUCAGUGCCGGGACAGGCAUGAUGCAUCCCUGUGGCAGUGCCCAUCAGCCCCCUGGGACCAGCAUUCUUGCUCCAGUCAGGAGGAAGCCUGGGUGGUGUGUGCAGAGCCUGGCCCCGGCCCCCCGCCGAAUCCAGAGCCCUGCCUGAUGCUCAGGGCCGUCAGCACAGCCCUGGGAGCACUUCUUGGUCUUCUCCUCGUGGGCCUCCUGGGCCUCCUGAUCCUGCUGCGAAUCACACAAGCCAAGCAGAGAGGUCUCGGAAGUUCUGAGGUGUCUCCUGGAGAGCCCACCUAUGACGUCAUCGGGGAACUGCCUGUCACAGUGCUGUACGAGGAAGUUGGGGAGGAGCCCCAGGGUGAGGAGCCCCAGGGUGUGGUCAGGGUGGUCCUGGCAGAAGGGGCAUCGAGCCUCACAGAUGGACAGUCUGUGCCCGAGGAGGGUUACGACGAGGUCGCAUUUCCUCUGGUGGAGAUGACGCUGUGA